AUGUCGCUGGAGAGUCUCAAGAGACUCAGACUGGGUUGGAGCAUGAGCACGGAACUACUGCCCCAGCGACAAGGCUCAGAAGAAAAGAACAUCAUGCCGGCUUCGACUCACCCGCAGUCGUAUGCAUUCAGGACCCGCAAGUACGGUUGUCGCCGGACGGGAUCCCGGGAGAGUCCGUUCAUCACUUUUUCUCCAGACGACCACGUCAGUGUUGUGCUGUCCAAGAGUUUUGACCGGCAUACUGCCGGCAUUCUUGGUGCAGCUCCGGACGCAGCUCGAAUGGCCCGGAGAUAUGCUGGACCGCUUCUCUCAGGACAUUCAAGUUCGGCCUUUGGUUUACUGAGUCACGAUGGGACAAGGCGACAUCGGGACAAGGAAGUCCAACAGAACAUUCUUUCACAUCAUGGCAGAGUGCUACCUACUCCACCGCCUUUUCUGGCCAAUGACAACCCUCGUGAACCCUUGUGUAAAUGCACACAUGAACAACGCACAGACUAUGACCGAGGCAAGACAGCUAAGACUAGCGAAGCCCUCAUCUGGGCUGGCUUCCGGCCUUUGUCGGAUGUGUCCAGCAACAAUGUACCAACGAUGACCCUGGCUCAGAAACAUAUCUUGUCUGCCGCUUUCGCCGCCUUUGUCGCAUGGGGCCUUGCAGUACGAUUCGUUCCCGUAUUGCGAUUCCUCGGAUAUGCUUUCACAGCGGGUUGCUUGGUCACUCUCGCCAUCUUCAUCGCAGCGACCCUUACCGCAGCAAUCCCUCCCUCGAGGCUGCGUGAACGAUCCUCAACCCUUUCUGACGUACCCAGAUUCAUCAAGAUUCCCGCAUGGACCGCAGAAUUGAAUACCUAUGACCACUCGCGAUUGUACGAACCCCCGCAACUCUAUGACCAGUCAUUUGUCGUUUCGCAGGCCUUGGAUUCCCUCCUCUCAUUUGCCUUGAGGGAUUUCGUUACAUCAUGGUACAACAAUAUUACGCCUAGUGCAGUCUUUGUCAAUGAGGUGGAUAGAAACAUUAGGACAGCCCUGGUUGAGAUCAGAGAUCGCAUACUGAACGAAGAUAUGGUGAACGUUAUUGUUUCCAAAAUCGUUCCCAUAAUUACAACACAUCUUCAAAACUAUGAUCAAGCUGAACGCGUGGUUCGUGGCAGAAGUUUAAACCGUAAUGUGACGGAAUCAGAAGACUUGGAACUGGCAAUAGCCGCAAAGUACAAGGAUGGGAAGUUGCAUGCAGCAGCCUCGCUCGCCUAUUCUGACGCAAAGACUAUUCAACAAGAUCAUCUUCGGAAAAUCCUGGUUCGAAUCCUACCUGAUCUACUUUCUUCCAGCAUGAUGGGAAGUCGUGCAACCUUGGUUCUUAUCAAGGAAAUUGUCUCCUGCGCAGUCCUGUUUCCUGUGAUGCAGCUUCUUGCUGAUCCAGACACUUGGAACCAAAUCAUUGAAGCGUACGGACGUACCACACUCCAAGAUCGUCAAACCGUGAGAAGGAUGCGGGCAGCGCUCGAUCAGCAUACUUCGCCCAUCAACAAGCCUAGAGCGGAGCAAGAGUUGCCGCGCUUGGCAGCAGAUGACAGUGAGCGAGCGUUCGAGCGAUUUGUUAGAGCCAUUCGCAAGACCAAGAAUUUAUCUGACGCUCGACGUUUUCGUAGCUCAAUCGCCAGCCAGAUUCAGCGGGAAAGCUUAGUCGAAGGCCAGGAUCCGAUUUAUCUACGCAGGCUUGAAAUGGCUAAGCGAGUCCUGGACCAGAAAAUCGCAAAACUGAGUCGGACUGGAUCAACCGUGCAAGCGUCUGCCUCUCAAAACGAUAAUCGUCCCGUCCAGAACUUCAAACCCCGUGAUUGGACUUUAGUGGAGAUCAUGCAUACUGCUUCCGGGCUAUCCUACUUCAUGGAGUACAUGGACCGCCAACAAAAGAUGUCUCUAGUCCAGUUCUGGGUUGUGGUUGAUGGUCUACGAAAUCCGUUAGAAGAUGACUUCGGAGACGAUUCUGUCCCCGGAACAGAACAACGUUGGACAGAUGUUGAUCGAAUGGAUAUUGCGCAGAUUAGCGAGGCCUACAUGCUCAAGCCAGAGCUAAAAAUUCCCCAGGAGAGUAGGGACGCCAUCAAGGCUUUCCUUGUUGCGGGGCGCAAGGCGACACCACCGCAAUACCGAUCGGCGAGAACUGCCAUUUUGUCUGCUCAAUCAGCUGUCUUGGAGGAGUUGACAAUACAACAUCUUCCGAACUUUCGGAAGUCAGACCUGUACUACAAAUUCCUUGCGUCCAGCGAAGCCUCCUCUAUGCAACCCCGGCGGCAGAGCUCCGAUCAGCUUGCGACCCAGGUCUCUCCAGUCCAGAAUAUGGGUGCCAAGCUGCAAGUGCAGUCUCAUGUAAUGGCACGCACGAAUUCACAGCCAGCCAUCAAACCCAAGGAUCUUCGACGUGCUGCAGUGUCCUCCACUGAUGUUCGUAGUCUGAGUUCUUCCAAACUUUUUGAUGAUGAUCUGCCCAAACGCACUGGACCCUCAGCACCUCUUUUUGAUGACGGAUAUGACACAGAUCCGCUCGCGCACUCCACAAAUAGCCUAGGGCAUGAAUCUCUUAACGGCGACGCAGCAGCUGAGCAACGUCAAGUCAUCGAGAGCAUGGAAGCUGCUAUGAAUAACAUCAUGACAGACGGCCCUGUAGAUGAUGGCGGAAGCUAUGAUGAUGAUGCCUUAUUCGGCUCCCCAAUUUCCGUUACCAAAUCGACGAGGGCCUUAGAAUCUCCUCGCGACUCACUGGACUUUCCGAACGUUGACUCGGGGCCUACGAAUAAACUAAAACCGAGUCUGGCCACUUUGGGGUUGGUGAAUACAUCAUCACGUAUUGGAGUGUUCAGUGACAACGAUCUCUUCCCGGAUGAAGAGAAAUUUCUGGAAGAUGAAUAUGUUGACAAAGAGGGCAAAGAUGACGAAAUCGGAGAAGAUGAGAUUCAUGAAGCAGCACCAGGUGAUCUGGGUCUUGCAGAAGCGAUCACAGGGCUCACCAAUGACAUUGAACGGCUCACAUCACAAGAGUCUGUGGUUGAUGCGUUGACACGAAAAGCAGAAUUGACAAACAAUGUUGCCGAGCUCCGGAUUCUCUCGAAAUCCAAAUCAAGUUUACAGCGGGAAAUACGCCGCAAAGAGCUACAACGUCAACAGUACAUUGUUCAAGAGAGUGACAACAGUUUGUACGGCCGAUCCAAAAUUUCGAUUCAGUCAGUUGUGGUAGGCAAGGAAGAAGACGGCCGUGAAUUUGCCUUGUAUGUGGUCGAAGUUCAACGACAAGCAGGUGACCAAAUGCCCUCCGCAGUGUGGGUGGUCACCCGUCGUUACAGUGAGUUUCACGAGCUCCAUCAGCACUUACGACGGAGAUAUCCUUCUACGAGAGACCUGGAGUUUCCACGAAGAAGAGUGGUUAUGAAGCUACAGAAGCAAUUCCUACAGAAUCGACGUACUGGCCUGGAGAACUAUCUCCAACAGUUACUCCGAAUGCCAGAUGUUUGUCGAAGUCGCGAGCUGAGGUCCUUCCUUUCCCAGCAAAGCAUUGGAUCCCAUGACACAAGCAAUGCGACAGAUACACAAGAUAUUGUCAGCCGUAUAUACAACUCGGUGACUGAUGGCAUGGACGAAUUUCUCGGAAACAUUUCAGUACUCGAUCAGCUGUCGGUUGCAGGACAGAACCUGAUAUCUGCAGCCACCAGCCAGCUCGGCAUGGCCCAGCCAGAUGUCGUCUCGAUUGACGCUGGACCUGUCGCCGAAGCGGAGGCAGAGCUAGCGGCCUUCGAAGACAAAGAACUCGAACCAUUUGUUAAGCCCAUCUGCGACAUUUUCCUCGAAACCUUCGAACUCAAUCGGGGGAACAACUGGCUGCGCGGCCGCGCAGUGAUUGUGGUACUCCACCAACUUCUCGGCGGCGCCAUUGAACGCAAGGUCCGCGAACUCGUCAAGGGUUUCACGCAGGAAGACGCACUGCUCAAGUACAUCGCAAUGAUCAAAGACACCAUGUGGCCCGGAGGAGGCAAGAUGAGAGAAUCCAAACCUCGCACUGCGGCGGAGAAAAAGAAAUCCAAAGCCGAGGCCGAGUUGAUGGUCAAGACGCUCGUGCCCGACCUUGCCGCAAGUGUGGUCGGCAGGGCGAACGCGCAGGCCGCCGCCCGAAGGAUAUCUGCGACUAUGAAUAAUGCACGCCUCAAUCAGCACCUCGUGUACACAAUUCUUGACGAAAUCAUUGGAGUUCUUUUUGAAUCCCCGAAGAAAACUUUGGCUUGA